AGGGAUGGGCGGAGGGAUGGGCGGAGGGAUGGGUGGAGGGAUGGGCGGAGGGAUGGGCAGAGGAUGGGCAGAGGGAUGGGCGGAGGGAUGGGCGGAGGGAUGGGCGGAGGGAUGGGCGGAAGGGAUGGGCGGAGGGAUGGGCAGAGGAUGGGCAGAGGGAUGGACGGAGGGAUGGGCGGAGGGUUGGGCGGAGGGAUGGGCGGAGGGAUGGGCGGAGGGAUGGGUGGACGGAUGGGAGGAGGGAUGGGCGGACGGAUGGGCGGAGGGAUGGGCGGAGGGAUGGGUGGACGGAUGGGCGGACGGAUGGGCGGAGGGAAGGUGUUGAGGUGGGGAGAUGGCGAUGGUGGCGCGGCUGUGCCCCGCCUGCGCCGCUACUGCGCGCGCUCGCUGUACCACCGCAGCAUCGGGGGCAGCGGGCCGGGCUCGGCCUGGCAAGCGGCGCAGCAGCCGCUGCUGCUGCUGCAGCACUGCCCACGGCUCUCCUCUCCCGCGCUGCUCUCGUCGCAGCGCCCGUACGCGCUGCAGCAGGCCAGUGUGCAUGUGGCGCUGGGGGGCGACGCGCACGGGGAGGGCGCGGCUGCUAGCGCGGACGCGGAGGAGGGCGAGUGGCGGCAGGCAGCAGGCAGGCAGUUGCAGCGCCUGGCGUCGCUGCUGCCAGCGCUGCGCACGGUGCACCUGUCGUACGCCACGGCCUCCUGCGUGCCCCUUGCUGCUGCCCUCCUCACGCACCUGCCCCAGCUGCAGAGUGUGACGAUCGCCAACGACCCGUCCUUCCUGGCGCGCCGCGCCAUGGAGUACCUGCUCCACCACGGCCCCGCCGCCACUGCCGCAGCCACCCCGCCCUCGCACCUGCCGCGCCUCUUCCAGUCGCUGCCGCCCUCCGUGGCGUGCCUCAACCUGCUCUCCGUGCCGCACGCCGACUUCGACGCCGUCUUUGGGCCCGCUGAGCAAGCGCUGACUCACCUUCCAUGCACUCUGACACAUCUUGACGUGUCUUUCGUUGAUUGGCCAAGAAGGUCCCUGACAGAGCAGCAACAGGCAGCAGUACGGCGGGCGCUGGCAGCGACAGGCAGUGGCGGGUCACUGGCGAGCUGCCGGGUGAGGGGAUCAGCGGGGCUGCAGCUCAAGGAGGACUCGCUGCUCUUCUCCAUCACCAUUCCCUGAUCGCUAUCCACCGCUCCAUCAUCACCCCCCCUGUGUGAAGUUUGAGCUGUGUCGGCAUCCCUGGCAGCUGCAUGAAGGUUGUCAUGCACUGUGGUGGCUGCUCUGCCUGUGGGUGCACCCCACUCUACACCAAUCUCACCACACGCCUGUUCAGAUGAGGCGGUACCAGGGAAGCGUUUUUGCGUGCCAGCUGUGUUGCAGUGUAGAGAUCGUGCGUUCAUUAUUUGUGUUUGUUCUUUCACUGCUUGCUCCCCCCAAUCCACUUGGCUGAGGCAGAACAACCUCCCCCUACUUGCAGUAUCCCCCUGACCUGAGGUUCGGAACGUUCCUGUCCCAAAAAUUAGCGUUGAGUUGUGCAGUGUGGCACUAAAUUGCUAGAUUGGAUACUUGCACCAUGCUGUACCGUACUAUUUGGAAUGGCUGUGUGAAACAUAUAUAUUUGAGUGGUAUUAUUGU